UCAACUAUUCUACGAUAGUGCAAUAUUGGUGCAUGUUACUAAUCCAAUAUGAGCUUAAGAUUGUGUUUAAGACCGAUGGGUUGUUUCAUGAUAAGAUAAAAAUUUCCUAUCAAUUGAAUCGUACUAUCACCCGCUCGAAGAUAAGUUUCAUCUGCUAGUGCUAUUAUACUGUUGUUUAAACUUAUCACUAAGUUUGAGUCUAUAGUAAUCACAUUUCCUUUCUGCAUACUGUCAUGCCGGUAACGCCCUAUAAACUGUAAGAAUUAGUCAUUUCACGGAAUGUGUGAUAUAAAUAUAAUUUGAAUAUAGAAAGUGAAGGGUUGCGAAACAUAUACGACUCUUGUUUGAUAAAAUGGAUAGCAAGGGGAGAAAGAUUAUUGUCUGUGAUAAUGGAACGGGGUUCGUCAAAUGCGGAUAUGCGGGAGCGAAUUUUCCUGCGCAUAUAUUUCCUUCGAUAGUUGGACGUCCAAUCAUAAGGGCUGUUAAUAAAAUAGGAGACAUCGACGUGAAGCAAGAAUAUUGUGUUCGUGAUGUGCUUAACAUGCCUGACUUAAUGGUUGGAGAUGAAGCAAGUAAACUUCGUUCUAUGUUAGAAAUUAGUUAUCCUAUGCAAAAUGGAAUUGUUAGAAACUGGGAGGAUAUGUGUCAUGUUUGGGAUUAUACAUUUGGAAAAGAAAAAAUGAACAUUAAUCCUAGAGAAUGUAAAAUUUUGCUGACUGAACCACCAAUGAAUCCUAUCACAAACAGAGAGAAAAUGAUAGAGGUGAUGUUUGAAAAAUAUGGAUUUGCUGGAACAUAUAUCGCGAUACAAGCUGUACUUACAUUAUAUGCUCAAGGAUUGAUUAGUGGUGUUGUGGUAGACUCUGGUGAUGGAGUUACACAUAUUUGUCCAGUAUUUGAAGAAUAUGCUUUACCUCAUUUAACACGUCGAUUAGAUAUUGCUGGUCGUGACAUUACUAUGUAUUUAAUAAAACUACUUUUAUUACGUGGAUAUGCCUUCAACCAUUCUGCUGACUUUGAAACAGUCAGGAUGUUAAAAGAAAAAUUAUGUUAUAUUGGAUAUAAUAUCGAAACUGAAGAAAAACUAGCUCGUGAAACGACUGUUUUGGUAGAAUCUUAUACACUUCCAGAUGGUCGAGUAAUAAAAGUAGGUGGUGAAAGAUUUUCAGCACCAGAAGCAUUAUUUCAACCACGUUUAAUAAAUGUCGAAGCUCUGGGGAUUGCAGAGCUAGUAUUUAGUACAAUUCAAGCAGCUGAUAUUGAUAUCAGAAGUGAAUUGUACAAGCAUAUCGUUCUUAGUGGUGGCAGUACAAUGUAUCCAGGACUUCCAUCUAGACUCGAACGAGAGAUCAAGCAACUUUAUUUGCAGAAAGUUUUAAAAAAUGAUACAUCCAAACUUAAUAAAUUUAAAAUCAAAAUCGAAGACUCACCGCGACGCAAAGAUAUGGUUUUUAUGGGUGGUGCUGUAUUAGCAGAAAUAACAAAGGAUCGAGAUUCCGUAUGGAUAACGAAAGAAGAAUAUGAAGAGAAAGGUCUUAGUGUAUUAAAAAAAUUAGGAUCCUAUGAAUCUUAAGGAUAUGUUAUGUUAGUGCAAGGUGCAACAUGAAACAAAGUAAAUUUUUCAGACUAAAAGUGAUGCAAAUGCCAUUGAGAAAUAGUCAAGUUGUUUUACAGACUACAAAUUACUUGAAUGAUAUAAGACAGACAGAGUGCUUGAGUUUGCUGUAAGGGCUAUGUCAUGCCAAAUAGAAUAUUUAUUUUGGUUAUGCAGAUUAGUGCAAUUAAUAGAGCUAUAUAAUCAACUGUAAGAUCUUCACAUGGAUGUGAAGACUAAAUGAAUUUUUAUUUUAAGUACAUGCGAUAAUUAUCAGAGGAUCAUUAAAAUAUAAAAAUUUUUUACUUGGAACACACAAAAUGGUUAUUUUAUACUAUAUAAAAAUUUUAAUAAUCCGUAUCUCUGGAGCUCUUAUUUAUAUGCAUUCCAGAAAACGAAUUUUGUAAAUAUAGCUUUUAUAAAUAUCACUUUUUGUUUAGUAAAGUUUUACAUUUAUUGUUGAAGCCAUAGCUUCUCUGCCAAAAUAAUAAAUAAGAAAAGAGGACAGUUUCCUAUAGAUCUAACUUCAGUAAAAUGAACUUGAUAAAAUCAGUGCAAUGGCUGAAAUUGUUAUUGAUGAAAAAACACGUAGGCAUUGAUUUAAUUUAUCUUUAUGGUUCACAGAGAAACGCAUUUCUUUUAUAUAACAAAACACAAGUAUUUGUGUAUCAACAUGCAUCAUAGUAAUUUAUUCAUAGGUUGAAAACAAUCAUAGAUAAAUCGAUUAAUUUAGCGAUUUAUAUUGUAUAAUAUAAAAAAUAUAAAACUACGAUUAAGCAAUAGUUGAUAUAAAAUCAUGCAUUUAAUAAUUUAAUUAUUCUAAGAUAUUAAAUAUUUUAUAAAAAUAUAGGAGAAGAGAGGAGAGAGAAUUUUUUAAGUUUUCUCUUAAAUUUUUUCACAUCUUACGAAAACAAACAACACCCGUAUUAUGGAUUGUCAAAACAAAUUGUCAAAGUUGUUCUUGUAAAAAGUAGAUUUAUAAAAACGACAUGUCAGUGUUUAUUU